UUGCAAAGCAUUCUGGUUGAUGAAGGUAAGAGUCUCAUUAUGAAGGUAAGAGUCUUAUUAUCACUGGAUAUUGUGUGAUAUUUUCUAUUAUUGCAUGUUACUAACCUGAAAUGUAAACCAAAUUAAACUGAAGGUAUAUCAGUUAACAUAUGGGGUUGAUGAAUUUUGAUGGUGAAUGUUGCAUCAUUACCAUUUCCACAAACCGGUCAACAGUGUGAGCUUCUCUCCAGAUGGCAGGUCAGUUUAUUAGUUUACACUCUUCUGUGACACACACACACUAAUGUCUUUACAUACCCAUAUGGAUAUGAGUGACAGCAGAUUGUUUGGCCAUAAUCUGGGCAUAUAUUGCAGUCCGUGGGGUGAAAAAGCCAGAAAUGCCCCUGCCUUAGGCAUUAUUAAUGUUUUGGACUUGUCCAUCCUCUGAACAUGUAUGAUUAAUAGUUGUUCAGCUGUAUUGUAGCUCAUGCUGUGUGUAUGAAGAAUGGUUUCCUUUUCGUGUUGUUUUAGGAAGUUUGUGAUCACUAAAGAGAACGUAGCGCUGAUGUACCAUCCAGCCUUUCAGCUGGACAAGAGCUAUGGCCCCUACGAUGAGACUACUUGCAUGGACUGGACAACAGACUCAAACAUCUCUGAUCAGCGGAUCGCCGCCAUAGCUAUGAAUUGCACAGGAGACUGGAUUGGUUUUGGCUGUUCAGGUAGCCAUAUAACUUACAGAUGGGACGCAAAGACGCAGACAAGAUCACCGCCAAACAGUCCUCCAAGGGCAAGUCUUUUACGUCCUUGUGCUACUCAGCUGAUGGCGAGUCCAUUCUGGCUGGUGGCCACUCCAAAUUUGUGUGCAUCUACUGUAUAACAUUACGAGAGCAGGUCCUCCUCAAGAAGUUUGAAAUCUCCUGCAACUUGUCUUUGGAUGCCAUGGAAGAGUUCCUGGACAGACGUAAGAUGACUGAGUUUGGCAGUCUGUCCAUGGUGGAUGAAGGGGCUGGUGAUGGAGAUGGAGUUGAGGUCAGCCUACCUGGAGUCAGGAGAGGGGAUAUGAGCUCCCGUCACUUCAAGCCAGAGAUCCGGGUUAGCUCUCUCCACUUCUCUCCUACUGUUCCUGUGGUGUGCAGCACGUUGCCAGAUGUGUAUGUGGAAAAGCUGCUGGCAUUCGUUGGAGCUACCCUGGAGAAUAGUUGGCACCUUCAGUUCUACUUAACUUGGGCUCAGAGUUUACUCACAAUACAUGGACAGAAACUGAAGAACAGGUCAGGGGCCAUACUUCCCACCAUCCAGUCGUUACAGAAGAGCAUCCAGAGACACCAUGAUGAUCUCUCCAAGCUAUGUGACUGGAACAUUUAUGCCCUGCGCUACGCUGUGGUGCUGUCCAAUCAGAGAGGACUGAAACGAGCGGCAGCUGAUGAGCUGAGUGAGGAAGAGGAGGGUUCAGAGGAGGAAGAUGAUCUGAUGAGUGAGCCACUCAUGACAGAAAGUGACCUCCUUUCAUAGCCCACUAGAGGGAGCUCUCACUCAUUCAACUACAUGACUGUUGGCCAGAGCAGUAGGGCACUCUUACUCUGAAGGUAUCCAGUACCUUGUGAAUAGUAAAAACCAGUCACCCAGAGCUGGAAGUGAAGUGGACCACAUAUGAGGGAGCAGAACGAAUUCGACCUUGGUGGAGAGAGGCAAGUCACUUUGACUCAAACCUUCAAACCUGAAGAGUUGUAAGCCAUCAUGUGCAAAAGCCUUAUGUUGAGCCUUUGUUUACUUUGUGAAAAACAAAUCUUGGUUGAUAUACUUACUGUGUCUCGUUAAAAUAUAUUUCUAACAUAAUAAGAAUUGUCUAAUUAUAGAUGGUACAGGUUUAGUGCUAAUUGUGUGUUUAAAUUAAAAAAAGCUUGAACACAGGCCAAUCCCAAAACCCAGUACAUGAAAUAAGAUGAUGACAUCUUGGCUAGUUGUAUAAUAAACUUUGUAUGUUUAAUA